GUUAUCGCAGACGUCACGCGUCAUGCCUCCCAGCGACUCAGAUAACGACGACCUUGAGUUUGAACUUCGGACAAGCGACGUUGAAGCAGACGACGACAAUCAAGAUGACCUAGACGACGCAAUAUUCGCUGCAACACCUCAACCAGAUGCAGCCGACGACGUCACGGACGCGGACGAGGACUCCCCCUCGGAAGAUUCUGACGAGGAGGAUGAAGAGGAGGAGGAGGAGGACUCCUACAGGCCCUCUCCUCAUCAUGUGCCUAUGAAUGUUCGCCAGGAGAGCACAGAAGCCGUCUCAACACUUCCUCCUGAGGUUCAAAGCAUAAAACAUGAACAGUCUUCAUCUCAGCGAACUAGUCCCUCCCCAGCCGCGUCUUCCCCAAAAACUAGACAGCGUUCCCCCUCUCCUGCCGAGGUUCGCAAGCGCAUGCUUCUUCAUCCACCCGGGGCUGGCCCUAUUGUGUCACCACGGUCGUACACGGUCGAAGCUAUUUGCGCCAUCCCCCACCCCAGUCCUACACAUUCCUUGGCAUCGUCCUUUUGCAUGACCCAUCUGAUCACCGGCUCGGACGAUGGCUAUAUUCGUGACUACGACGUGUUCUCGUCUGUGAAUGGAAAAAUCACUUUAACAGCACCGCAACGACACCACUGCAACGUUGUCGAAGGCAAUAUGAAGGCGGGUCAGCUGCGCUAUUGGUGGGAGAAUCCAGAUAUGAUCAGCAGGCAUCCUCCAUUUCCGUCAGCGGAUGAGCCAUCACUCUCGCCAGUGUAUAGUCUUGCCAUACAUUCGGAUGCACUCUGGGCAUUGGCAGGCACCAAGCGCGGUCAUAUAAAUCUCUUCACGGUCCGGCAUGAACCUGGCCGUCUGGCACAUGUUCUAUCUGGAGCGCAUCGCGGAGCCAUAUCCGCUCUAGCUCUUGAUCAUCAUGAGAAGGGUUUCUUUAGUGCAGGCUGGGACGGAGAUGCGACACAAUGGGACCUGAACACGGGUCAAGUGGUUCGGAAGCUCACUUCACAUGGUGCGCAGCUUGUGGCGAUCGCGAUGAGGCCACUGAAUUCGCACUAUUCGCCGCGAAGCCCUGCGUCAUUCACGGACUUGACUUCUGACGGACGCCUAAGACACAAUGUGCGGUCUGGUUCCCAUGCUAUGUCUGAUGCACACAAGGAGCAACCAGCCUCUGCCGGCAAUAGCCUGGAAGGUGCUCAGUCCCCAGUAGAGGAGACGCGGAUCCCCCAGACCAACCAUAACAGCAAUUUAGCGACCCAGAACUCUGUAUCUUCCCCUCGUAACCAAGAUUCGGAUGCGAAAUCUGAUGCAUCUUUCGACCCCUUGUUUGACGACGAAAUGGACGCUGAUGGGGAGCCUGAUCACGACCCUUCGACCGUAGACGCCACUGGUCAAACCCCAGGUCAGAGUGUUCCAACUGCCAAUAGCAUGCAUUCCAAACUUGCAAUACCAGGUUCAGCCCGAGCACACGAUGUCAAUUCCGCGCCAGCCGGCCGAAACACGCAGCCAUCUGUUCCUCUUCCUAAAAAUGCACCGCCGCUACUUGAUUCUUCCACGAGCGCGUUGUUUUCCCCAGACAUUUUAAUGAUCGCGGCUAUUGAUGGGCAAGUUAUGCUUUGGGAUAAACGCAUCAAUGACCCCGGGAAAGGGGUAGGACGACUUUGGUUGAGCGAGAAGACGCCGCCGUGGUGUCUGUCUGCCUGUUGGUCUGCAGAUGGCGGGCAAAUCUAUGCGGGAAGACGUAAUGGGACAGUAGACGUGUGGGAUGUUCGACUGCUUGGCCGUUCUGGGCCUAAUAGCACCCCACGGCUCCUCAAAAGCUUGCGAAACCCGGUGAGCUCAGGCGUUGUCUCUUGCGUGGUCCCGUUCCCGGAUGGACGGCACAUAGCUUGCGCUUCGACAGACAACAUCCGACUUUGGAAUGCGGCUGACAGCGGCGAGGCUGAUGGAAGCGCUCGAUCCAGGGGCGGUGUCCAGUUUAAAAUCAUACCUGGACAUCAUGGAGGCUACGUCUCUCAGAUGCUUGUGGAUCCGUGUGGACGAUUCCUGGUGAGUGCAAGUAGUAACCGGGGCUGGCAUGGGGAGUCUACGCGGACUGUGUUCGUGCACGACAUCAAAGCGGUCAUGUAAGAAUGUAUUGUGCGCAAUGCGCAUGCUGUAAUUAUAACGCGGGGGAGGAGGAAAAUGUAUUGGAAC